AGGCCGGGGGCGGGCGGGACCCGCGGGCCGAGCGCCGGCCGCCGUCUCCAGCGUCCCGCGCCGCUCGCUAGCUGGGCGCCCGUGUGGCCGCGGGGCGGGGCGAGGGCGGCGUCCCGCAGGACCGCGCGCGUCCGGGGCGCACCGGAGCCGGGCAGCGAGCAGCGCCAUGCUGGAGGGCGACGUCGGCGCGCAGGGGCCCUGCCCCCAGGAAGCCCCCGCAGCCCAGGCCGUGGGUGGGGAGGGCGCGCCGCCCGGCGGUCCGCGCGCACAGGCGGCCACGAUGCGGGUCAGCGAGAAGUACUCGACGCUCCCGGCCGAGGACCGCAGCGUCCACAUCAUCAACAUCUGCGCCAUCGAAGACAUCGGCUACCUGCCUUCCGAGGGCACGCUGCUCAACUCGCUGUCCGUGGACCCCGACGCCAGCUGCAAGUAUGGGCUGUACUUCCGGGACGGCAGGCGCAAGGUGGACUACAUCCUGGUGUACCCACACAAGCGGCCCUCGGGCAGCCGGCCUCUGGCCAGGAGGGCGCAGCACGGCGACGCCGCGGCGGGGGCUCGCGGUGCGAGGCAGGAGCAGCCCCUGCCCGGGAAGGGGGCGCCGCCGCUGGACGCCGGCUCGCCCGAGCCCGCCGUGGACUACCACGAGGACGACAAGCAGUUCCGCAGGGAGGAGUACGAGGGCAACCUGCUGGAGGCCGGCCUGGAGCUGGAGCGCGACGAGGACACCAAGAUCCACGGGGUCGGCUUCGUGAAAAUCCACGCACCCUGGACCGUGCUGUGCAGAGAGGCGGAGUUCCUGAAGCUGAAGAUGCCCACGAAGAAGAUGUAUCACAUCAACGAGACCCACGGCCUCCUGAAAAAGAUCAACUCCGUGCUCCAGAAGCUCACGGACCCCAUCCAGCCCAAGGUGGCCGAGCACAGGCCCCAGACCACCAAGAGGCUCUCCUACCCCUUCUCCCGCGAGAAGCAGCACCU